ACAAAGCGAGGGAGAGAAAAUGGGAACGAGAGAGAUGGAUAGAGAUCUCGAACGCUUAAUACCCUUAUCGAUCACCGACAAUGCUAAUUGCUCCAAAUCCUCUUCUCCUUCUGAUUCCCCCGCCGCCACCGCCGCCGCCCCCGCCGGCAACGAGGCAUUGGGCAAAGUGAUUCGUAGUUGGGCAUGGAAGAAGUUUAUGACCGGAUGUGUGAUCUUACUUCCUCUUGCCAUCACAUUCUAUAUAACUUGGUGGUUCAUUCAUUUGGUUGAUGGUUUCUUCUCACCAAUCUACAUUCAUCUCGGGAUGAAUAUAUUCGGUCUCGGAUUCUUAACCUCGAUUACUUUCAUAUUCCUCGUGGGAGUGUUUAUGUCGUCGUGGGUUGGUGCCUCGCUUCUUGCAUUGGGAGAAUGGUUCAUUAAAAAGAUGCCCUUAAUGAGCUAUAUAUAUGCUGCCUCGAAACAAAUUAGUGCCGCAAUUUCUCCAGUUUCAGAUCAGACUUCUCAAGCUUUCAAGGAAGUGGCCAUAGUAAGGCAUCCUCGUAUCGGAGAGUAUGCGAUUGGUUUUAUUACAUCGACUAUUAUCCUACGUAAAACUUCGGGCGCAGAGGAGCUUUGCUGUGUUUAUGUGCCGACCAAUCAUCUUUAUCUUGGAGACAUAUUCCUUAUUAACUCCAAAGAUAUUAUGAGGCCUAAUCUUUCUGUUAGAGAGGGCAUAGAGAUAGUGAUAUCUGGAGGAAUGUCGAUACCGAAGGUUUUGACGAUUGUGGAUACGCAAUUUAUACUGUCACCGAGAGUUGGCAAACUAACAGUUCCACAAGUUUAACAGGUACUUGGAAGAUGCAAAUUAAUAUAGACUUGGUCGGAAUUUAAUUAUACUGAUAUCAGAGAGAUAAAACUUCGUUUCCACGCCUAUUUUCGUUGGUUUUAUCUUACUUUUUUUUAACUGUUCAUAAGUUUCUCGUGAACAAGUUGUAAAACUCAGAACUAGUUGACACUUCAUAUAAUUAAAACAGCAAUAUAUACGAUGAACAUCAAACGAGACCAAGGCUUCGUACACCUUUUUUCUUGUUAAGACUGUAUGGUUUUUUUCUCAAUUGUUUCGCUUGAAAGUACUCGUACUGACCGUAUGUAAGUGCAUCAUCACUUAG